AGGGCAUCUGCAAGUCUUGAUAGUAUUUCACUUUAUUACAAUUGUAUAUAGUACUGUGCAUUAGAAGCGUUCUUGCGUCAGCUGCCCAGUGGACUUGACGAACCCGUGAGGCCAUGUCGAUUGACAUAAAGGAGUUACAGGCAGAGCUUGUUUGUUCACGUAAAAAAGUUUCUGAGUGGUCAGCAUCACGCGUACAGUUCAUGACGGAACUCAAGGACCUGCAUGCAACGCUCCUGCGCGACCAAACCGAAAAAAUCAACAACUUGCAGGGCGUUAAAGCCCAACUCCAGGUUCAAGCAGGACAGAUCAGCAAGCGCCUUCAGGAUGAGGAGGAAGAGGCAGUGCGCACAGAAGAAAGGUUAGCUGGGACGAAGGCGGAGGAAAGCACCUUGAAGCGGCGGCUGGAGGCCGCGCAGGUGCAUCUCAGGAAGCGGCAGGAGGUGUACCGACAACAGUUGGAAGGUAUGGAAAGCGUUAACAAGGAACGGCAGCAACAGCUGGACAACUUACGACAGCAGUCGGCGCUCUUUGGCGAACGUUUCGGACUCCAUUUCCGCACUCGAGUACCCGGCGAAUUCACCGUGGUAAUGACCUGCAUUGACGCGCGAGACCCAGACAAGGAGUUCUGCGUGGCUGUGCGCAUGGCUCUGGGCGACGUGUACACGGUGACCAAGUGCGAGCCGCUCGUCCCUGAUCUGGAUGAGCUCGUCGAUCAGGUCAACCGGACAAACGACUUUGGGGCCUUCGUCAAGGCAUCCUCAGUUGAAUUCGUGGAAGGGAUAAGCAAGGAGGAGGCUGCUAAAUUUGAACGGAUUGCCGCAUCUCUGGUCGCAAGGUUAAACGAUGUGCAGGAUUACGUCGAAGAGGAUUACAAUGAUGACGGUGAUGACAGCCUCGUGCCGUUCGGUGCCUCUCCUGAGGAGAUUGCAGCCCGGCAGGCGUGCAUCGCGCAGCGUAGAAGCGGCGGCGUCACUGGCAGUAGCAGCAGUAGCAGCGGGGGUGAUAGCGGUGCCCUGAGGCUCGCAGACGGCCCCAACGGCUAUGUUCCGCGCAGCAAGCGGCGGCGGCAGAUCCCAGAUGAAAACCUACCCAAG